AUGGCUAAACUAAUGCAGGAUGUGGAACGAUUCUUGUCCGUUGAAUCCCUCGAUUCUAGGCUGAAGCCAUCGAAUGAGAGAAAGAAACAAUUUACGAAAGAUGCCAAACGGGAAGAAAGCUCGAAGACCAGUGGCAAACCAGUAAUACUCACUCAACCUUCACGUUGGAAAACAUGGGAGUUCCGUUUUUACUAUCUGGCAUUUACCAUAGUGGUCCCAUUGAUGUUCAAAGCUGUUAUGAAGGCCAGUAGUGAAAGUAAUAUUAAUUAUCCAAAAUACCAGGGAAUGCUAUCCAAAGGAUGGAUUUUUGGCAGGAAGGUCGAUAACAGUGAUUCACAGUACAGAUUCUUCAGGGAUAACCUACCAUUACUAGCGGGUUUAAUGCUAUUACAUACCAUAUUGAAGAGAGUAGUGCUUCACGUGACUAAGCUUCCCAAGUUGACUUUUGACUUUGGGUUUGGUUUACUCUUCCUAUACGCUGCCCAUGGUGUCAAUGCUGUUCGAAUUAUCUUGCAUUUACUUGCGAUGUAUUCAAUUGGUCACAUUUUCAAAAAUAAUCGCAAGUUGGCUACCUUUUUAUCCUGGACUUAUGGUAUCGGAGCUCUCUUCAUCAAUGACAGAUUUAGGAAUUAUCCAUUCGCCAAUUUUCUUGGCUGCCUUUCAUUCCUAGACACUGGCUACAAAGGUAUUAUUCCUAGAUGGGACGUUUUCUUUAAUUUCACUUUGUUAAGAAUGCUCAGCUACAAUAUGGACUUUUUAGAAAGAUGGAAUGCUCUGAGUACACCACAGUCAGCAGCAUCUGAUAAUGAAACCUUGCAUUCCAGACCAAAUUGGUCAGCUUCUUCAGUUGCUUCCACUGAAUUGGGGCAAUCCGUGAUACUUGACGAAAGAGCACGUUUAGUCGCCCCACAUCCCAUCCAGGACUAUCGUUUUACCAACUACAUUGCUUACAUCACCUAUACCCCAUUGUUCAUUGCAGGUCCAAUUAUCACAUUCAAUGACUACAUCUAUCAGAGUUUACACACUUUGCCUUCGAUCAACAAGAGGCAGAUCAUCUCUUAUGCGUUAAGAUUGGUGAUCUGUGUUCUAAGUAUGGAGUUUGUCCUGCAUUACGCUUACGUGGUAGCUAUUUCCAAGAGAAAAGCCUGGACGGGCGAUACACCCUUCCAAAUCUCCAUGAUUGGUCUCUUCAACUUGAACAUCAUCUGGCUAAAACUUUUAAUCCCAUGGAGAUUAUUUAGGUUAUGGGCACUAUUGGAUGAAAUUGAUACACCUGAAAACAUGAUACGUUGUGUUGAUAAUAACUACAGUGCUUUGGCCUUUUGGAGAGCUUGGCAUAGAAGUUAUAACAAGUGGGUGGUGCGCUAUAUUUACAUCCCGCUGGGUGGCUCGAAUAAUAGGAUUCUCACUUCCUUAGCGGUCUUUUCCUUUGUUGCCAUCUGGCAUGACAUUCAGUUGAAGCUUCUGUUAUGGGGUUGGUUAGUCGUGAUAUUCUUGCUACCUGAAAUGUUUGCAACACAAUUCUUUAACCGCUACAGAAGCAAGAAAUGGUACAGACAUUUGUGCGCCAUCGGAGGUGUGAUCAAUAUCUGGAUGAUGAUGAUUGCCAAUUUAUUUGGAUUCUGCCUGGGACCCGAUGGGACUAAGCAAUUUUUAAAUGAUAUGUUUGGAACAAGUGAAGGCAUAGUCUUUGCCAUCGGUGCCAGGUGGGCUUUAUUCAUUGCCGUUCAAGUUAUGUUUGAACAGAGGGAACAUGAAAAAAGGCAAGGCAUUAACCUCAAAUGCUAA